AUGUCUUGGGUACCACAGAACUUAGCAGAAACAUGUGCGGUGCAAACCACCAUUACGACCUGCCAGCCACCAGCGUUUUUGUUCCUGCAACUCGUCACGCAAUUAUUUGGAUAUUCUUUAGAUUCUCAGUAUAGUUCCGGUCAAAGCGGCUAUAAUUUUGGCACAGGAUAUAAUGAAUAUUUCGGUGGGACUAGCGAUUAUAACAGUGAUGAACAGUAUAAUCAGCAAAAUACCCAGGAAUAUGACUUUAUCGUGGUGGGUGCAGGAAGUGCCGGAUGCGUUUUAGCUAACCGUUUAACAGAAAUACCUCAAUGGAGGGUUUUGUUACUUGAAGCUGGCGAUGAAGAACCUGAAGCGGCCGAUGUUCCGUCAUUUGCUCCACUGUUACAACGUUCUAACAUUGACUGGGGUUUCAUGACGCAACCUAAUCCUUAUAGUUGCCUUGCAAGACAAAAUGGUCAGUGUGCUUGGGCUAGAGGAAAAGUUAUGGGUGGAUCAUCGACUAUUAACUACAUGAUUUACCUACGAGGAAAUCCCAGAGAUUAUGAUGAAUGGGCGGAAUACGGUAAUCCCGGCUGGUCAUAUCAAGAUGUACUUCCUUACUUUAUAAAAUCUGAAGACAACCACGAUGUGCCGAACGUAGCACCUAAUGUUCAUGGAACAGGAGGAUAUUUAAGUGUUGAACGAUUUCAGUACCGGGAUCAAAAUGUAAUUGCAAUGUUAAAGGCUUUGGAAGAAGCAGGAUUGCCAAUUUAUGACCAAAAUUCAGGCCAUCAAAUUGGUGCUAGCAUAUUACAAACUACCUCAAGGAAUGGAAAAAGGGAAAGCACAAAUGUGGCUUUUAUUAGACCUAUAAGAAACAAACGAAAAAAUCUGGUCAUUGAAACCAACGCUUAUGCUACUAGAGUACUCAUAAAUCCUGAAACCAAAGUUGCUUAUGGUGUGGAAUAUGUGAAAAAUGGAAAAAUCGUUCAAGCUAUGGCUAGGAAAGAAGUUAUUGUUUCAUGUGGAACCAUAUUGUCACCGAAGAUACUGAUGUUAAGUGGAGUGGGUCCCGCUCAUCACUUGCAAAAUUUCGGAAUUCAGGUUCUCAAAGACCUCCCAGUAGGGUACAAUUUGAUGGAUCAUCCCACUCUCGAUAAUGUACUGUUCCAAAUAUCAAAUCAAACCUCAACAUUGGCAACUCCUGAAGAGGAAGCUCAAGAUGCAAUUUAUUACAGAGAAGAACAGGCCGGGCCUUUGUCAUCAACAGGUCCUCUUCAGUUAAAUGCAUUUGUUCAAACCAAAUAUGAAAUUGAGCCUGAGCGUCCUGAUAUACAGUAUUCUAUUGACUGUGGUAAUGUCCAAGAUAUAGUAACCGAUCCGAUUUUAGCUUCCACCGCAAAAGUAACUCCGUUAGCAUAUUAUGACUGCUUUAUCAUAAGAUCCAUUUUACUGAACGAAAUAAGUCGAGGGGUUAUUAAACUCAAUAACACGGAUCCCGUCUUCGGUUACCCUAUAAUUUAUGCAAAUACUUUCUCGCAACAAAUUGACGUGGCAAAAAUGGUUGAAGGAAUCAAACAAUCUUUAAACUUGCUAAAAACACCAGCUUUGCAAAAACUCGGCGUCCGUUUAGUAACAACUCCAAUGCCUGCUUGUAACCAAUUUACAUUUGGCACAGAUGAAUACUGGGCCUGUCUGGUGCGUUCUUACACUGGUACUAUGUACCACUAUUCUGGUACUUGUAAGAUGGGACCAAAACGCGAUCCUACAGCAGUGGUAGAUCCACAAUUAAGAGUGUAUGGCAUUAAAAAUUUGAGAGUCAUCGAUGCAUCAAUUAUGCCUAGGAUUGUUAGGGGUAAUACAAACGGACCCACUAUGAUGAUUGCAGAAAAAGGAAGUGAUUUUAUUAAGGCAACUUGGUUAAAAAAGAAACUUCAGCUUGGGUUAAGCUUUAAAGACAUGAUAAGAAAUUUGUUUUUUAAUAAGUAACUUGAAUAGGGUUUCCUUUAAGUACUAACAAUGCCAUAAGCUCAAUGAUUUUUUCUAGUGUUUUUGUCAAUAUCGGUAGAAAGUUUGAUUAAAAUGGCGUACUUAUGGUUAGCUAUGUACCUGUUUAUAUUUAUUGUACUAUAAGCAACCGAGAAGUGAGUCAGAAAUAAUAAUAAUACUAAUAACAUUA